CUUCUCAGCCCUCGCACCACAGCGCCUCACCCAGCAGCCCAGGCUUCCGGACCGCGGGGAUAAAACACGCCUGGAGAGUGUCCGCCCCGCUGGUCUGCAGAGCUCAGCCCUGCCUGCCCUUGCACUCCCGCACCUAGGAGUCAUGAGCCUCGGAGCAGACUCCCGCGCCUCCCGCUCCCGGCCCAGCCCCGGCCUGCUGCUCCUGGGGCUGCUGCUGCUGCCAGCUGUGGUCGCCCGCAUCAUAGCUGCCCCUGAAGAAGGAGAUGGGGACCUGCAAUGCAUGUGUGUGAAGACCACCUCCCAAGUUCACCCCAAGCACAUCAUGAGCCUGGAGGUGAUCCGGGCCGGACUGCACUGCCCCACCUCCCAACUGAUAGCCACGCUGAAGAAUGGGAGGAAAAUUUGCCUGGACCCACAAGUCCCCACGUAUAAGAAAAUAGUCAGGAAACUUAUAGAGAGUAAGCUACUAGCUGUCUAAAUCUGCACAUUUACUAUAUAAUGUGUUUUGGUUUUUUUCAUUUUCAAUCUAACUGUGGAAAAAUCUAAUGUUUUUAUUAUCCUUCAAAUUUUAAAUAAAGAAAAUAAAUCAA